UGAUCGACGAAGGGCGUGUUUGAAAAUAUUUGAGUCUUCUUCCAAACUUUCCCCUCAAGACUCAAACCUUCCUCAAAAGUUCCGUUCAUUAAGAUAGCAUAGCAUUGCACAGCCCCACUACCCUCAAAAUGGCGCGAUAUUUAUCAGAAGAAGAGAUUGCAAUUUUGAAGCACGAAUUCGAUCAAUAUGAUGCGGACAAAGGAGGAAACAUCACAAUCGAGGAGUUCGGCCGUGUGAUGAAGAAAUCAGGGCAAAAUCCAACAGACGAAGAGCUCGCACAGAUCAUCAAAGAAGUUGAUUUGGACGGCGAUGGAACUAUCAACUUUGAUGAAUUCAUUGCCAUGAUGACUGGAAGAACGAGAGCUCCGCCUCAAAAAGAAGAAGAAUGCGACCCGGAAGCAGAUUACAAGUCUGCUUGGAAAGAAUUUGACCCGUCACUGCACGGGUCGAUCUCUGCUAGUCAAUUCCGUCAGAUGAUGGCUGGUCUGGGAGAGAAGGUGACAGAUGUUGAAGUUGAUGAGAUAAUCAAUUCCGUUGAUGGAGAGGACAAGAUAAGCUAUCACGAGUUUUCUGAAUUCAUGAAAAGGAAACAAGUGGACGACAUUGUUGGAGGCUAUUGAAGAGGGGAGUGAAUUAAUGGAUGCAAGAUCAUGAGUAACUGAGAAGCUUGACAGCUUGGGAGGUCUGGGAGCAUCAUGUGACUCUUUAGUUGGCAGCCCUUUCCAUUCUCGGUGCGUUCUAAGGAGCUUCGAAACCAGAUUUUCUCGGUCCCUGCUCUAGUCUAACUUCGCAGAGAUUUGACAACUUCCAUCUAUUAUUCUUUUAUCGGUAUCAGAGCGACACUCGUCGGAGUUUCAAAUCUUUCC